AACGCGUGAGAAGACGAGAGAUCACGAGACCAGGGUAGGGCGGUAAGUCCUGGAUAUCUUGGUGUUUCCGGGCAAAGUUUGAGCGCAUUUCACGCAGUUUGGAGGUUGUAGGAUAAGCAGGCACCAUGAUUGGGGGCCUGUUCAUCUAUAAUCACAAGGGGGAGGUCCUCAUCUCCCGAGUGUACAGAGAUGACAUUGGGAGGAAUGCUGUGGAUGCGUUCCGUGUGAACGUGAUCCAUGCACGACAGCAAGUCCGCUCCCCAGUGACCAACAUCGCUCGUACGAGCUUCUUCCACAUCAAACGCUCCAACAUCUGGCUAGCAUGUGUCACCAAACAGAAUGUCAAUGCUGGCCUUGUUUUCGAGUUCUUGAACAAGAUGGUGGAAGUCAUGCAGUCGUACUUCGGCAAGAUCAGUGAAGACAACAUCAAGAACAACUUUGUUUUGAUCUACGAGCUGCUGGACGAGAUUCUGGACUUUGGGUAUCCCCAGAAUGCAGACACCAGCAUCUUGAAGACCUUCAUCACACAGACUGGAAUCAAGGCACAAGUGACAAAAGAGGAACAGUCCCAGAUCACCAGCCAGGUCACUGGACAGAUCAGCUGGCGGCGGGAGGGCAUCAAGUAUCGGCGCAACGAGCUGUUUUUGGACGUGUUGGAGAACGUGAACCUCCUCAUGUCCCCACAAGGACAAGUCCUGAGUGCCCAUGUCGCAGGCAGGAUCGUGAUGAAGAGUUACCUGAGUGGGAUGCCAGAGUGCAAGUUUGGCAUCAAUGACAAGCUGGUCCUGGACAAGUCAGGCCGAUCAGAUGACCCCAGCAAAGUUGCCGCCACGCCAGGAAAGACGUCGGUGGCCAUCGACAACUGCACGUUUCACCAGUGCGUGCGUUUGAGCAAGUUCGAGACGGACCACAACAUUAGCUUCAUUCCUCCUGAUGAGGAGUGUGAGCUCAUGAGGUACCGGACCACGAAAGACAUCAGCCUGCCAUUCCGCGUGAUCCCGCUCGUACGCGAGGUCGGCCGCACCAAGAUGGAGGUCAAAGUGGUCAUCAAGUCCAACUUCAAGCCAUCACUCCUGGCUCAGAAGAUAGAAGUGCGUAUCCCCACUCCCUUGAACACCAGUGGUGUCCAGGUCAUUUGCAUGAAGGGCAAAGCAAAAUACAAAGCCAGUGAGAAUGCCAUUGUUUGGAAGCUGAAGCGUAUGGGUGGCAUGAAGGAGUCUCAGAUUUCCGCAGAGAUCGAGCUACUGCCGUCAGACAAGAAGAAAUGGUCCAGACCUCCCAUCUCCAUGAACUUUGAGGUGCCAUUCGCCCCGUCUGGGCUGAAGGUGCGUUACCUGAAGGUGUUUGAGCCCAAGCUUAACUACAGUGACCAUGAUGUCAUCAAGUGGGUGAGAUACAUUGGUAGGAGUGGCCUGUAUGAGACAAGAUGCUGACGUAAUGAAUGGCCAGGGAAGAAGACCAGGGAAAACCCAACAGACAGAACACCCAUCCAACACCCCUGUUCCCAAAUUAUACAGUCCAAAUUUAACCAAGGAUACAUCAAGGACUGGUCCAUGUGGUUAGAAAAAUGGGGGGUUAUUGAUGUCCUAGUAGAGGGCAUGUCUUUGUUACAGUGUAUGUUUCAAUGGAGCCAGAUGUAUCAUGUAAUCAACAAAGUCUCAGAUGUUCAUUCUGAUUUCCUAAAACUAUUAUAUUACAUUAAUGAUUAUCAGAUCUUUAGGGGUUAUGGACCAAGACACACAUAAAACAGGAAAGUGAGGAAUCAUUCUUACAUUUUAUGUUGAAAAGAAUUUUACAUUUCAUCUGCUUUACAGGCCAGAAAAGACCCAACCAAGAUAAUGUUGAAACGUUUUGCCUGGUACUAUUUCACUUAAUGUGAAUGCAAAAAGUACAAAUUGAUCUUCUUCUUCAAGAGUAAAUUUUCAGAUGAAAGUGUAUUUUACCAAAAGCAACUGAACUUGCUUAUUAAUGUGGAUUUAGUGUUUGAAAUAUGCACAUAGGAAUAUUGAUGCAGGGUUGUUUCUCACAGAAAAGUACAACCCUGCAAUGCAUUUGGCUCCCGGCUAUCAACAUUCGCUGUGAAGUAUACUCUAGAAAAAAUUUGUAGAGAGUAUUUACAAGAAUAGUGGAAAAUCUAAUUAUGUGUCAGCUAGAAGACUGCACUGUACAAGCAGUUGUAAUGUGAUCAAAAGUGUCUUUUAUUGUGCCCUAAAUGUGAAAACGUAUAACUAGGAAGACAGAGGAUUGCAAACUUUAUCCUUGGUCAUAAAAUUAGUUGUAAAAAUAGCAUAUUGUCAUGCUCUGUAAGUGACACAAUUUGCUGCAAUAACAUAUUGUAGAUCUCAUCAAUGAUAGAUCCGUUAUUUCCUUCUCAUUGAAUCUUUUGGUUAAUUACUACUUGGACAAUGGACUUCCUAACAAUGAUGCCAAUCCAUUACAUAUUAGUAAUAACAAAGUAAUUACAUGUAUUUAAAGUGAUUUCUUCGUUUUGAAAAUCAGGGAAAAGAAACAUUUUAACAUGCAGUAGAUUUCAGUGCUUUGUCAGCAGCGUGUAUACUUUCCCUGCUAAGUUAGCUUCUUGGCACCAAAUUUGCAUUUAGGCAGCUGAUAUAAGGUUACAUUACAACAUCCUCACUAGUCCAUAGCUUUUUUCUGAACCCUUGUAAUGGUAUUGUAGUCAUUCCAGAAGCGUUCCUUAGGUUAGGCAUAGCUAUGUACCUUUGAACAGUGAAGUAUAACAAUGCUCAGCCAAGUAUCACAUACCUUUACCCCCCCCCCCCUUCACUGAUGGUGUGACCCAAAACCAAGUCUACUAAUUUGUGAAUAGAAAUGCCUAUUACAUACUUAAGUAAACCAGUAACCUCAGUAGCUUAUGAAAAAGAUGGAUUAUAUUGGUAAUGACAUAAAUUGUUCCCUACAGCCCUUUUCUGUUGAUCCCACUUGUAUUUCCAGAGGGGGAGGCUUGUCUGACAUUGACAACAAUAGUACAAAGUGUUCUGUGCUUUGUGAAGUAGCCAAGUAUUGGUGAAAAUAAACAAUUCUGUGCACUGCA